AUAACUGCGUUUACGAUUAACGUGUCAACUUGAAGUUCAAGUAAAGACUGUGCGAUUCACUUCACCUUCCUGCAUCUCUCACACACCUACCUUCUUGGCUUCGCAUGUGCGCAACAUUAAAAGUGAUUAUUCUUAUAAUUUUCAUUCCAACAAAAUUAACCGCUAAAAUAUCUCUCCCAAACAGAGCCCAAUCUUUUUCGAAUCGAAUCAAAUAAAAUCAGAUUCCUAUUUUCUCUCUCAAUCUUUCUUCUGCACGAACAUAUAUAAUAUUUUCCUCUCUCAUUCAAUAUUAUUUAAUUAAUAAAAUAUAAAUUGUUAUAUGUUUCUAUAAUAAAAUAUACAAUAAAUAUAAUAUAUAACCGUAACCGAUCGUUUCUGAAGUAGACUGAGUAAAGUAAACGUCGUUUCGUUUUCUUCUUUUUCUUCUCCGAUGGCGAUUUCUGACGAGCCUCAACUUCUUCGGAAUGGCUCGAUUCUCUUGCGCCGCAGACCGAGCGCCACCUCCGUCAACGGCUUGUUCGAUUCGUCUUCUACGGUUGAAGGCGAGAGUUCCGGUGAGGAGUUAGUCAAGGAUUCUUCUAGUUCCGACGACUCUGUCAGCGGCGAUCAAAACAUUGACGGUAAUCCUGAUCAAAACCGAGUCAAUGAUAUUUCUGCAAUCCAAUUCACGUACCGUCCUUCUGUUCCCGCUCAUCGGAGGAUCAAGGAGAGUCCUCUCAGCUCCGAUAACAUUUUCCGUCAGUUGCAGAGUCACGCUGGCCUCUUCAACCUCUGUAUAGUAGUCCUUGUUGCAGUGAACAGCAGACUUAUCAUUGAGAAUAUAAUGAAGUAUGGUUGGUUGAUUAAGACUGGAUUUUGGUUUAGUUCAAAAUCUUUGAGAGAUUGGCCCCUCUUCAUGUGUUGUCUUAGUCUUGCAAUAUUUCCUUUGGCGGCCUUUAUAGUGGAGAAGUUGGCACAGCAAAAAUGUAUUUAUGAACCAAUUGCUGUUCUACUUCAUAUAAUCAUUUCAGCAACUGCAAUUCUCUAUCCAGUUUUAGUAAUCCUCAGGUCUGAUUCAGCUUUUGUGUCAGGCGUCACAUUGAUGUUACUUUCUUGCAUUGUAUGGUUAAAACUAGUUUCUUAUGCACAUACGAACUAUGAUUUGAGAGCACUUGCCAAUUCAAUUGAAAAGGGAGAAGCACUUCCUAGUACUCUGAAUAUAGACUAUCCAUACGAUGUGAGCUUCAAAAGCCUGACUUAUUUUAUGGUUGCUCCUACAUUAUGUUACCAGCCAAGAUAUCCUCGCACCCCUUUUAUUCGAAAGGGUUGGGUGUUACGUCAAUUUAUCAAGCUGAUAAUAUUUACUGGAGUUAUGGGAUUUAUAAUUGAACAAUAUAUCAAUCCGAUUGUACAAAACUCCCAGCAUCCCUUUAAAGGAAACCUUCUUUAUGCCAUCGAAAGAGUUCUGAAGCUGUCUAUUCCAAAUCUAUAUGUGUGGCUCUGCAUGUUCUACUGCUUUUUCCACCUUUGGUUGAAUAUACUGGCAGAGCUUCUUCGAUUUGGCGAUCGUGAAUUUUACAAGGAUUGGUGGAAUGCCAGAACUCUUGAAGAGUAUUGGAGGAUGUGGAAUAUGCCUGUUCACAAAUGGAUGAUUCGGCACCUAUAUUUUCCAUGUUUAAGGAGUGGUAUACCCAAGGGUGCUGCUGUUUUAAUUGCCUUCAUGGUUUCUGCAUUGUUUCAUGAGCUGUGCAUUGCGGUUCCUUGCCACAUAUUCAAGCUGUGGGCUUUUAGUGGAAUUAUGUUUCAGGUUCCUUUGGUCUUAAUAACUAACUACCUGCAAAAUAAAUUCAGCAACUCAAUGGUUGGAAAUAUGUUUUUUUGGUUCACAUUCUGUAUCCUUGGUCAACCUAUGUGUGUAUUACUCUACUACCAUGACUUGAUGAAUAGAAAAAGCAAACUUGACCAAAGCUAGCAUUACAUCAUUAUACGUGCACACUACAUCUUGAUUACUAAUUCAACAUCUCUGGCAGUUAUGUCAAAAUGUAAAUUUUGAAGCAAUGCACUGACAUUGAUAACUGCCAAGGAACAAUAGAGCUAGCUAGUUUUUGUUAGAUAUCAAUUAGAAUUUAGAAGAAUAGUUGUAUAUGGUGUCUACAAUAUUUAUUCCUUCCUAGUUAUGAAAUUCCACGGAUGGUGUUUCUUAACAUGUGAAAUAUAUUUUCUUCCUUCGUUAA